AGGCCACUCAGUCUUCAGAAGCAGUGUUUCUGGGUGAAGAUAGAAUUCAUUAGGCAGUUGUUGCCAUCACAAACUCUCACCCUUCCCUGAAUGGCUCUUGGCUGAAUUUGGUUGUCUUCAAGAAGCAAAUCGAAGACUUGGUUCGUUCCUCUACUGAAGGGUUACAGUUCUGAGCUGGGCAUGACUCAGGAGAUCCAGCAAAUCCACUACAAGGGAAAGUCAUUUCUGUUCCAGGUGGAUUCUCUCCAAACGGUUGCUUACCAUUCUACAGAAGCAGGGACCCAGAUCCUGGAGGAGGCUGUUGAGAUAACUCGCUCUGAGCUGCAUCUGUUUUUGAUUCCCUCUGGGAUCCUCGCAGCAGCCACUUUGCUCUUGAGUCCUCUGCUCCUGACCACCAUCCUUCUGAAGAAGGAGCUCCGACAAGAAACCUGCUACCUGCUCUUUGCGAACAUUGUGUUUUCUGACUUGGUCUACGUACUGUUCCACAUGCUGAUUUCGACGAGUAGUAUCAGUGGCUGGGUCAUUGGCUGCAUUGCUUGUGGAGUCAUGACUGAUAUAGUGUUUAUUUGCUAUACCAGCACCAUCCUAACUUUCACUGCAAUGGUGGGAGAUGCUUAUUUAGCAAUUGCUUUCCCCCUCCGAUACCUCUCCUUUUUGACCCCUUCCACCAUGAAGAAAAUCGUGGCCUUGAUUUGGGUCGUGGCUUUCUUUUUCCCCACCUUUCUCAUUUGGUUUUGCAAACGGAUGGAUACACAGACCCUAGGCAUUCCAAUGCCUUGUGUUUUGCAGCUGAAUCUGAGUUCCUAUCCUCGGAAUAACCAUCCACAACCAUCCACAUCUUCAUCUUCUUGAUUCUCUUUCUGUGUUCUGGACUGAUACUCUAUUGUUACAUAAAGAUCUAUUACUUGGCCAAAGCAACAGGUAUUUGGAUUAAUCGAUAUUGAAGGGCCAGGGGAACCCUGCUGAUUCAUACUCUUUUGAUCCUAUUGUACAUAGGUCCUGUUGUGGUGUUUGCCCUAGAUAUCAUGCUGUUUAAAAAUCAUGUCAUUGAAAUAAAAGUCAGAAUGUGGCUACUUGCUAUCAAGAGGGAGAUAUUAAUGAUGUUGCCAAGAGCCCUAUUGCCUUAUUUAUAUGGAUUGAGAUAUCAGGACCUGUUCAGAAGAGUCAAAGGUUUAUUUGUCUCAAGACAAAUAAGUGAUAUUCAGACAAUUUCCAUUAGCUAACAAACUUGAGAGGACAGUAGUAAAAGGCAUUUUAAUAUUAGCAUGCUGAGU